AUGGAUAGAAAGUACAAAAAGUAUGACCCUCUCAAAAUGGCACAUAAUGUUAGGAAAGUUUAUUACAUUCCUUAUCCUUCAAUUCAACCAAGUAAACGAGGAUGGUAUGUUAUAAUCAAGUCUAGUCCAAUGGGUUAUAUUGAAUCUGACGGUGUAAUGGAAGAUGAUGUUGCAUACCAAGAUGAUGAGAUUUCACCAAUUAAUGGGGUAAUUGAAAUUGAGAAGAUUACAAGUUUGGGUGAUACUGUAGUUGUGGGUCAACAAGUUGACGUAACUAUUUUAUUGUCAGCAAAUCAUGUGGAAGAAGAGCAAGAAGAUUCAGGAGACUCUGAAGACAAUAAUAUCAUAUCUAAUGAAGACAAUGAUGAUUACGAUGAUGAAUAA